AUGACAUUAACACCGGUAAAUUCCAGAUCCCGCAGAAGAGAUCAAGAUUUUCCUGCAUCACAAAUACUCAGCAGGAAGGGGAAAGAAGCUGCAGUUUGAUGUCAAACCUCUUUUCUAGGUUAGUCAGACCUCCCAACUCUCGCGAUACUUGCCGCGCGUGCGCCGUCUCGCGCACGGAGGAGCUGAGUUGGAGGAUCAUGGCGGAACGCAGGAGGCACAAGAAGCGGAUUCAGGAGGUCAGCGAGCCCACCAAGGAGGAGAAGGCUGUGGCCAAGUACCUCCGCUUCAACUGUCCCACCAAGUCCACCAACAUGAUGGGCCACAGAGUCGACUACUUCAUAGCUUCCAAAGCGGUGGACUGUCUGCUGGACUCCAAGUGGAGCAAAGCGAAGAAGGGCGAGGAGGCGCUCUUCACCACCAGGGAGUCGGUGGUGGAUUACUGCAACAGACUUCUGAAGAUGCAGUUCUUCCACCGAGCUCUGAAAGUCAUGAAGAAGAAGACGGAGAAGGACGUCAAGAAGGAGAAGGAGAAGACCAGGAGCGACAGCAGCAAGGAGGAGGAGAAGAAGGGGAAGAAGGAGAAAGAGAAGAAGAAAGAGACGAAAGCAGCCGAGACCAAGAAGGAGAAAAGUGAUGAAAGUCCAGGAACGCCCAAGAAGAAGAAGGAGGUGAAGAAGAAGUUUAAACUGGAGCUGCACGAGGAUCAGCUGUUUCUGGACGGAAACGAAGUGUACGUGUGGAUCUACGACCCGGUUCACUUUAAGACCUUCGCCAUGGGCCUGAUCCUGGUGAUCGCCGUGAUCGCCGCCACGCUCUUCCCGCUGUGGCCGGCAGAGAUGCGGGUGGGCGUGUACUACCUGAGCGUGGCCGCCGGCUGCUUCGUGGCGAGCAUCCUGCUGCUGGCCGUCGCUCGCUGCAUCCUCUUCCUCAUCAUCUGGCUGGUGACGGGCGGGCGCCACCACUUCUGGUUCCUGCCCAACCUGACGGCGGACGUGGGCUUCAUCGACUCGUUCCGGCCGCUCUACACCCACGAGUACAAAGGGCCGCGGACCAAAGACAAGAAGGGCUCGGACAAGACGGACGAGAAGAGCGGCGGCGCCGCCAAAGCUCAGAGGUCGGACAGCGAGGAGAAGUCGGACAGCGAGAAGAAGGACGCCGACGAUGAAGACGAGGAGGACGAAGAGGAGGAGAAUAAAGACGGCGGUCAAGAGGAGACCAAAGAGGGGGGGAGGGGCGCGGAGGAGGAGGCGGAGCAUCACUCUGACACAGACAGCGACCGGCGGGAGGACGAAGGCUCCCAACACAGCAACGGAAACGACUUUGAGAUGAUCACCAGGGAGGAGCUGGAGCAGCACACGGAGGAGGAGGAGGGGGGAGAGGAGGAGCAGCAGGAGGAGGAGGAGCAGCAGGAGGAGGAGGAGCAGCAGGAGGAGGAGACUCCCGUCAGGAAAGGAGAGGCUAAACCCCAGACUGCAGAAACAUAAACCUCUUCAGAUCCCAUCACUCUCUUCUGUCCUUCCUCCUGCUGUCACACCAGGACGUGUUAGUGCGGCUCUGAGGCUGCAGAGGCUCCGCCCCCUUUUGAAGAUCUUCCACUAAACUAUUCUGGGAAGGAAAACACUGAAAGACUAACGGCAGCGAAAGUGUCUCCGAAAGAGGGAUCGAUUUCCUGGCUCCCAAAUAUAAUUUAUAUUAAAUGAACCUGCUGCCCGAGGAAGCCGUCAGACCCGCUACUUCCUGUUCCUUCCCCCCGCUACUUCCUGUUCCUUCCCCCCGCUACUUCCUGUUCCUUCCCCCGGUACUUCCUGUUCCUUCCCCCCGCUACUUCCUGUUCCUUCCCCUGCUACUUCCUGUUCCUUCCCCCGGUACUUCCUGUUCCUUCCCCCACUACUUCCUGCUCCUUCCCCUUCUUUCCUGUUCCCAUUCCUGCUCCUUCUCAUCCCUAUCCCCGUUCCUUCCCGUUCCUUUUCCUGCUCAUUCCCGUUCCCUCCUGUCAUCCGGGCUCAUUCCUAAAUUGGGAGUUUGUGCUGAAGGUCAAACCCAAACCUGCUAGUCCGGUUGCGAUGGCAGUUUCCACGUUAGCCCCUCCCCCCUCGUCUGAUAGAUUUCUCCGGCAGCAGAACCGGCUGAAGCGGACCAAACCCAAAGGCUGAUGGGACGGCUCCAAGGUACCGGUCCUGGUUCUCUUCCUGUGAACCAGGAGGAGGGGGUGGGGGUGGGACAGCAGUCUAGUGCCAAAACAGCAGAAACGUGGUUCUGGGGGGGGGGGUCAUUGCAUCUUUCACCAACAGGAAGAAAAGCACAGAAAAGGUGCAGCUGAUUCAAGAUUUUGGUCUCAAUGAAACCGUUCUGAUGCUCGGCCUGUUCAGCCCGGCACAAUGCAUUAUGGGAAAGCAGUCAGAGUACUUUGAAUCCAGCUCCGCCGGACCGCCGGGAGCUGGGGGGUCCAACCUUCAUAGAAGACUUAGAGGCUUUUAGUGUCAGCAGAGACGAUAUUUAAGUAUAAAUGUACCUUUAUAUAGAAGUUCUAUGAAAUAUCAGAUAAAACUCUCAAACCUUUUGAAGAAACUUUGUUUGGAGUGAAACCGUCUGACAUCGGCGGUUUGUCACAACUGAACACCUUGCCGCCGUUCUGUCCACGUAACCUUCAUUUUUCCCAGUCGUGCUUUUGUUGAUGACGCCGCCAUAUUUUUGUUGUUUCCUCUCGGAUGGGCAAAGUGCAUCUCUGUCCGCCGCCACUGCGGCGGCGCCGCCUCUAAACGUUUGGACCUUUUCCGCAGAUCAUCCCUCCGGAUGUUGAGCGUCGCGCAGCUCGCCGUGGUGGGAGGAGCCUCCUCGUCCGGUCGGAUCUAUAUCAUUAUAUUGUCUCCUGCGAUAGCGGAGUGUAAUUCUGACGUCUGUAUGUUAUCAUUGCAAUAAAAGCUGUAGAAAGCA